GUUUUUCCGUUGGACCUUCCGGCGGCGUCGGCCCUAUUUCCCGUGCUGCACUGCGGGCCUUUCUCUUUCUCUUCCGGUCUCAGGCGCUGCCGGAGCCGCUGGUUACCCUCAGGGUGGCAGAGGUGUGCCGGUCUGGGGAAGCCCAGAACUGAUCUCGUGUCUUUCCUGCAGGUGCAGACAUGGCCAAGUCCAAGAACCACACCACACACAACCAGUCCCGCAAAUGGCACAGAAAUGGCAUCAAGAAACCCCGGUCGCAAAGAUACGAAUCUCUUAAGGGGGUUGACCCCAAGUUCCUGAGGAACAUGCGCUUUGCCAAGAAGCACAACAAGAAAGGCCUGAAGAAGAUGCAGGCCAACAAUGCAAAGGCAGUGAGUGCGCGUGCAGAGGCCAUCAAGGCCCUGGUGAAGCCUCAGGCCAUCAAGCCCAAGAUGCCAAAAGGCCCCAAACUCAAGCGGCUGGCUUUCAUCGCUCACCCUAAGCUUGGGAAGCGGAUUCGAAGCUACAUGGCCAAGGGUCAGAGGCUCUGCCAACCAAAGCCUAAGGUCCAAACCAAGGCAGGAGCCAAAGCUCCAGCUAAGGCCCAGGCUUCAGCUCCAGCCCAGGCUCCCAAAGGUGCUCAGGCCCCCAAAGGUACACAGGCCCCUGUGAAGGCCCCAUAGAAAAGGCUCCUGCCAGUGUGAAGACAGACGGACUGCUGUGACACACCUCCCCACACACUAUUUGCAGAUGACCAGUGUCCUAUGCUGUUCUUACAAAUAAACUCAGGCAAGAUCUGUUA